AUGACCACCACCUUCACCACCACCAUCUUGCCGGAGAAGAUGGCUGGUGGUGAUCCGGUUCCAAUUGAGAUAGGAGCACGUGGUACAGUAGGAAACCUUGUGAUGAAGGAGAUAGAGUAUUUCAAAAGACUUGAAGCUGAAAGUCGUGGUGGUGAUCAUGGUAAGUGUUCGAUAAGAACCACUUCAAACACCAACAAAAAACACGGUGGUGAUGGUGGUGGUUCUAAAUUUUGGCCUAGUUUUGGAUUCUUGACAUGGCGGAGGGCUAAGAGGAAGGGCGACGGUAGUGGUAGGUUUUUACCUAGAAUGUGCACCAUGGUAGAUGUCGCCGACAGCCGCCACCACAACCACCAUAGAUUGAGUAAGAUCCCUAGUUUCAGUUACCGAAAUCUUAAAGAUGAUGUUAGCCAAUUCGAUGUUUAA